CAGCGGCAGCUCACACCAGGACCUGUCUCAGCGCGUGGCCGACCGGCUGGGCCUGGAGCUGGGCAAGGUGGUCACCAAGAAGUUCAGCAACCAGGAGACCAGCUUCUUCGUCUUCCUGCGACUCUGCUGUGUCCCGCAGCAAGGCCAUGGCUUGAAUGUAACUGCUGCCCAUGUCUCAGGUCCACAGGAAGCGGUCGCCUCUGUCCAGUGAAGUCAGGCUGGUGGCCCCCUCUGAAGCCGGACCAGCAGCUCCUUUUUUUCCACUUUCCUGAGUCCACGCAGCUCUUGACUAAUUACAAGUUGGUCCCAUUUCUCCCCCCACUUAAAUAUCUUCCACUGUACUCACUUACUGAUCUUUUUUUUUUUAAGUUACCGAUCGUUUUGAUAUCUUUGGCAAAGAUUCAGUUCAGGCAACAUUUCCAACAAGCGGUGCUGGAACAAUUGUUGGCAGCUGCAAAAAAACCCCAAAAAAGUCCAUCCAUACUUCCCACCAUUUCAAAAAUGAACUUGAAAUGGAUCGCAGGCCUAAAUGUAAAACCUAGAACUAGAAAUUUCUAGGAGAAAACAUCGGAGGAGAAUCUUGAUGCCCUUGAGGUGGGCAAAGAUUGCUUAAAUACCGAGGGGUUAUUAUUAUUACAUGGAGAGAAGGUGGAGGUUGCUGUUUUCAGCUUGUUAGGAUAUGGGAAACCCUUAUUCCAGGUGGGAAAUCACCACUGCAUAACCCUGAUGAUAAUAUAAGUGAAGAAACAUUUGUGAAUGAGUAUCAGGUGGUGUUACCGCACGAGUCCUUCAGCUAAAGAAUUCCACUUGGCAGAGUUUUAUCCAGAGGUCUCAGAGGAAGUCCAGGGCUCUGGAGAAGGAUAGUGUAUUUAUGUUUGAAUGCCACAAUAUCUGGCAGUCCUGUUCAAGUUGCAGUAGCUUUCAGAAGAAUGGGAUGAUAGUUUGUCUCCUGGCGGCAGUGUCAUAUAAGUCAAGGAAAAAUUUUUAUUUGGUUUUGAGUAUUUUAUAACUACCACUCGAUAAUUAGAAAUCAUGAGGUGUGAGAAACCACUCAGCCUGAAGUCUGGGAAUUGCUAUAUAGUUACAUUUUAUGUUUUUAAUAUCUAGACUAUAAAAGGUUAACUUCCUGACUUUUCUCUUUCCCAUGAACUGUCUAGGCCCAGAGGUGGAUUCUUUUAUAAGGAGGACUGUAUCAGAUACUGCACUAGUGAUCCGGUUUUUACCGUGGGGUCCUAGAGACCUGCAGUUUGGACAGGGCUCAGCAAGGAAGGCUUGUUUCUAUCCUGUGUGGUGGAGGGGCUGGAGGGUCCACUUCUAAGCUGGCUCACUCACAUGGCUGCGUCGAGAUUGGCGAAAGUGUGAGGGGAGAAGAUGUGUACAUCAUCCAGAGUGGCUGCGGAGAAAUCAACGACAACCUGAUGGAACUCCUCAUCAUGAUCAACGCCUGCAAGAUCGCGUCAUCCUCCAGGGUGACCGCCGUGAUCCCGUGCUUCCCCUACGCCCGCCAAGACAAAAAGGACAAGAGUCGUGCUCCGAUUUCGGCGAAACUCGUGGCCAAUAUGCUCUCGGUCGCUGGGGCGGAUCACAUCAUCACCAUGGACCUGCAUGCCUCUCAGAUCCAGGGGUUCUUUGAUAUCCCCGUGGAUAACUUGUACGCGGAGCCCGCGGUCCUGCAGUGGAUUCGGGAGAACAUCACCGAGUGGAGAAACUGCAUCAUUGUUUCACCUGACGCCGGGGGCGCCAAAAGGGUCACGUCAAUCGCAGACAGGUUGAAUGUGGAAUUUGCCUUGAUUCACAAGGAGAGGAAGAAGGCAAAUGAAGUGGACCGGAUGGUGCUGGUGGGCGAUGUGAAGGACCGCGUGGCCAUCCUUGUGGAUGACAUGGCCGACACAUGUGGCACCAUCUGCCAUGCUGCGGACAAGCUACUCUCGGCCGGAGCCACCAAAGUUUAUGCUAUCCUUACCCAUGGGAUCUUCUCUGGGCCAGCUAUUUCCAGAAUAAAUAAUGCCGCCUUUGAGGCUGUUGUUGUGACAAACACUAUUCCCCAAGAGGACAAAAUGAAACACUGCUCCAAGAUUCAGGUUAUUGACAUUUCGAUGAUCCUGGCCGAGGCGAUUCGAAGGACCCACAACGGUGAAUCUGUGUCUUACCUGUUCAGCCACGUCCCACUGUAAAUCCAGGAUGUGAGGUGUGGAAGCAAGCCUACUCUGGCUUCUGACUUGCGUGCAUUUGUCUGAUUAUUAGCUUUAGGACUAAGUAGUUAUAUUAAUGCAAAAGCAUCAGAUCUUUGUAUACUCCGAGGGCCACUGGUUUUCCCCCUCUUAAAGCUCCCGACCAUUUAUUUUCAGUUUGGUGGGGAGGGCAGUGGUUAUUUGAUCUUUAAGUGAACAGUCUUAAAUGAGAAAUGUUUCUGUUAUCGUGAUUUGUUCUGAUAGGUGACCUUUUUUUCCUUUGUUCUGUCAGUGCUUUGAGGCCACAACUUUCAAGUUUAUAAUUCCAUUGUGGAAGUUCACAGUUUAUGUAUUUCAGGGUUACCAAAGGUCAGCUCAGAUUAAAGCCUCUGUGUAAAUAUAAAAUGAUAAUGCCUGUGGACAUUUGGGUGAAACCCUGUAGAGAAUUAGCCUUUUGCUUCUAAGUCAACCUUAGAGAAUUUUUAAUACCCUGAAUUUUGAGUAUUUGUUUUAGUGAUCAGGUUUCCAAGAAACCAUUUUGGUUAUUAUGCUUAAUUUGGACCAAAUUUUAUGUAGCUGAAGAUGGCCACUGACACGUUUAAUUUUGGUAAACAUUAGACAUAUCAGAGGCAAUGUAGCUCAGUAUUUUUUUAUUGCCACUUCUAAAAAUCGUAACUGUCACUUAUCUGAAAUACCUUGUUCUAAAAUUCCAAAAUUAUGCUCAGCAAUAGAGCUGACAGAGAAACUGUUUUGAGGUAGUCUGCAAGUACACUGUCACAUUCAUGCUGUGUCCAUCCCAGAUGCACCUCAUGUCCUGCCAUCUUGUUUUUUUUAAUGUCCUGUUUUUAGCUCUAGCUUUUACUUUGCCUUUUUUCCAAGAGUUUCAUGUUGUGGAUUUCCGUCACAACAAAGACUUCUUCGCUAAGUCCCCUCACAUUUACUAGUCUGAUCUCUGUUUUGCUUUUAACAUGAGAAAAAGAUGAAUUGUUUGUGGGUGUCUCCAAAUACAUAUUUAAAUAUUAUUUCCUUAGUGUUGAUCUCAUGGUCUUUUGCCUUUUGUACUCACAAGUAUCAAGCCUUCUAGGCAACAGAUUAUUGUAACUAAAGCAGUUACCUGAAAAGUGUGGGUGAGAAAGGCCUAGAAAAAAAAGGACAAAUAAGGAAACAUUAGUUGCUCCAUGAAGUUAAUGUUCAAAUGGUGGCCCAGGAGUGAUGGUGGAGGGGAGAUAGCUUUAUCCACAGGUGGCUUUUGACGGCUGCUGAGUGAGGCGCGCCCAUCUCCGGUGGCAGGCGGCAAGCAUCAACUCUGAAUUUUCCUAAGUGCACGUUGGUGGACAACCAACUGAGCGCUUCCACCCCCAAAGAAGAAAAUGUGCCUGCACAGACAAAGCCCAGGAAUAAUAAAUAACAAUCUCCUUCUGCUGAAUCUCAAAACUUGGAGAGAAGAAAGUCUCUGAUCUAAAUUCUGUGGGUGGAAAAAUGAAAUCUGUUUAAGUUGUUGACAAACCUGAAUAACAGUCUUUAAGGUUUCAGACUUCAGUACAGCAGAGGGUGAAUCAAAGUUUAAAAGUAUCAUCUUAGUCAUCGCAGAGACUAGCAUUUUGCUGUACCUUAAGAGGGCUUUUGAGAAAAAAUCCUAGUGUAGCCUGGUUAAGGUCAGCUAUUCAAUACGAUGGACGUUAUCUAGACAAGAGUUGAUUUGAGAUAUGUGAAGAGCCUAUUUAGAUGUAUGUAAUUUUUAUUUUGGACAAAUGAGUGAUAUCUGUAUUUCUUGAAAUUUCUAUGCAUAGAGAAAUGAAAAUGUAGUUAUGAACGCACGCAGGUAGACAGCUUCGCAUCCCAGUGUGGACAUGAUGACAAUGACUAAAACCAGUUGAUUUAAAGGUAGUCAUUUCAUCUAAGAUUUAAGAGUCUAACACAUAGAGCUAGUUUUAAAAUAAUGAUCUUCAGAUAAAGAGAUAAAAAUCGGUAUUGUCAUUCUCUGAAUUAAGAACUGAUUGUUUCUAUGGUUAUUUAUCUCCACUUUUGUAUUUUAAAGUACUUCUGGUACAUCUGUCAACUAAAUAGACUAGAGGUAGCCCUGCACGGCGGCAAUGUAGCCCUUAACUAUUUGAUGGUCCAGUUCAAAAAAGAUGAUGAAGACAGCCUUGAGAGCAGCGUAAUCCCAGAACUUGUGCAUCCCUUGCUGCUUAUGCGGAAACAUUUCAGUGAAACCACCAAAUAUAUUGCUCCUGUCUGACUCUGCUGCAUGGCAGUUGACUUGGCGUACAUCUAACCAAAAAGGGGAGCCAGAGAAAUAUGAAUAUACCAAAGUUGCUCAGUUUCCAACUUAAGUUACAUUAACCAACUUAAAGAGGUUCGUAGUAUAACUUUCCUUUGGUAGAUAUGAUGUCAAAUAGAUUGAGGAACUACGUCAUUUGCAGUGCUUGUAUUGGUUUAGAAUAGGAUUCGAAGAUCUUCCAACACUGUACUAAAAACAUUUCAAUAAAAUCAUGCUCCUUCUUUCUUUCA